UUGUCCUGCAACCGACUACGGAGGCUCCCUUUCCCCACCGUUCGUAUAACCUGUGUUGUUACCGCGUUGGUGGGUCGAGGAGCUAUUACCGUCUUUUCGCCCGAUGGCCAUCUCUUCCAGGUCGAAUACGCACUGGAGGCCGUCCGCAAGGGAAACGCGGCCGUUGGCGUCCGUGGCACCGACUUCGUCGUCCUCGGCGUCGAGAAGAAAUCCGCCGCCAAGCUUCAGGACUCCAGAUCAGUGAGGAAAAUCGUCAACCUCGAUAAUCAUAUUGCUUUGGCAUGUGCUGGCCUUAAGGCAGAUGCUCGAGUGCUAAUCAACAGGGCCAGAAUUGAAUGUCAAAGCCAUAGGCUAACAGUGGAGGAUCCUGUCACUGUUGAGUAUAUCACCCGUUACAUUGCUGGACUUCAGCAAAAGUACACACAAAGCGGCGGUGUCAGGCCAUUUGGGCUUUCGACCUUAAUCAUAGGGUUUGAUCCAUACACUGGGGUGCCCUCACUUUAUCGGACAGAUCCUUCUGGCACUUUUUCAGCUUGGAAAGCAAAUGCAACUUGGAGGAACUCCAACUCCAUCAGGGAGUUUCUGGAGAAGAAUUAUAAAGAAACUUCUGGUCAAGAAACCAUCAAGCUUGCAAUCCGGGCCUUACUGGAGGUAUGUACUCAUAUGGAAUUGGGGGACCAACUUUUCAAGGUAAAUGAUUGUAUGAUUACGCUUAUAUGCUCAUUUUAUUGUAGAAACCAAGGAUUUGAUACAGAAAUA